AAAUUUUUAAUUUUGCCUUUUGUUUUUCCACAUUUGGGUAGGCAUUUUCGCAUUUUUGGGGUCUCGGAUUCUCUCUAUCUGCGCUAUUUUUGUCAGUCUUUGGGUUCAGUGAAGCACUGGCAUUGUCUUUUUUUUUUGGGGUAUUUUCUUUUGUCGGUUGCUUCUGAAUUCCACGGUUUUCCUUUUCGCUAGUAGGAUCCGGAGAAUUUUUCUCAGCUCAGAUACAAGGGGGACGGAAAUGGAGCCUUGAUCAUAUGACAAAUUGAUGGUAGAAGAAUUGAACAGGAAUGUCGAGGAUCACUAAGUGGAAGCUCGAGAAAACUAAAGUGAAAGUGGUUUUCAGGCUACAAUUCCAUGCUACCCAUAUUCCGCAACCUGGAUGGGAUAAAUUAUUUAUCUCUUUCAUUCCUGCUGAUUCCGGAAAGGCCACUGCCAAGACAACCAAAGCAAAUGUGAGAAGUGGGGCCUGUAAAUGGGCAGACCCUAUCUAUGAAACCACAAGACUUCUCCAAGAUAUUAAAACAAAACAGUAUGAUGAGAAGUUCUAUAAGCUUGUGGUAGCAAUGGGUUCCUCGCGGUCUAGUGUCCUUGGCGAGGCUAUCAUCAAUCUUGCUCAUUAUGCUGACGCAUUAAAGCCCUCAGUGGUUGCACUGCCUCUUCAGGGAUGCGACUCUGGAGCCACUUUACAUGUUACCGUACAGCUGCUAACUUCUAAAACUGGUUUCAGAGAGUUUGAGCUUCAGAGGGAGCUUAGAGAGAGAGGCUUACAGUCAACCUCUGAUGAACCAACCUCUAGGAAAAUAUCAGCCUCUGAAGACCUCAAUGAUCCAAUCGAAAAGGUCAAUACAAGAGUUCGAUUCAAAGAAGAACUGCCUCCCCUUGAAGAGGGUGGCGCCAAUGAAGAAUAUGCGGACUCAGCCGUUGGCUUUGAUGGUUCUUCAAGUACUUCAGAAAGUUUAUAUGCUGAGAAACAUGAUACGUCUAGUGUCCAUGAAGUUGAAAGCCUUAAGAGUACAGCCUCUGGUGACUUAGUCGGGCCUUCCCUUACACAAAGUCCUCAGCCAGAAAAAAGAGAUCCCUCAGAUCGUCGGUUUCUGCCUCAAGGAAGCAAUGAUUGCGCUCAUCAUGGCUGGGGUUCUGAAUAUUCUACAGAUACUGAUAUAGCAAAUGUCUAUGAAGAGAAUAGCAGACUUCGAAGAAACUUGGAAACAGCCGAGUCGUCAAUUCAUGAGCUUAAGCUGGAGGUGAAUUCUUUACAAAGUCAUGCUGACGAGAUAGGCAUUGAAGCGCAAAAAUUUGCCCAUUUACUUGCUAGUGAACUAGCUUCAGGAGAACAAUUAGCGAGGGAAGUUUAUGUACUUGGAUCGGAGUGUUCAAAUUUUAAAGCUGAUCUUGAGCAGCUAAAAGACUCCAAAAUAAACUCACACUUCACUACCAGAGAAACUAUAAAGGCAGGCCAGGAGGCCUUCUUUCAAGAGUUGCAACUCAGGUGGCACAAGGGGCUUAUGAAUGUGGAGGAUAAGAUAAAAGAGAUUCAAAGCAAGGGAUCAUUUGGAUUUCAUGAAAGGGACAUCAGGGCAUUCAAUUCAGACUUGGAGGCACUACGGGGUGUUCUGCAUGAUCUCAAACAAGAAACUGGACGGGCAAUUUCAGGCUUGAAUUUGGUCAGUGUGCAGGAGACCAGAGAAAUGACAUUACAUAAGGCUGAUCAACUCUUACCAGGAACCAGGUUGACUGCGGAUUUUUAUCAGCCAGAUGAUAUGCUGCAUUGUCUCGACAUACCGUGUCUGGUGUCUCAAGAAAUUGAUUCCACAGAUGCUCAUAGUGCAAUGAAGGGAAAAAUAUUUGAACUUAUAAAGGAGGUGGACGAUUUGAAAGCUGAACGAGAAGGCCUUACAAAGAAAAUGGACCAGAUGGAGUGUUACUAUGAAGCUCUUGUUCAAGAACUCGAGGAAAAUCAGAGGCAGAUGAUGGGGGAAUUGCAGAAUCUCAGAAAUGAGCAUUCUACUUGCUUGUACACCAUUUCAGCUACCAAAGCUGAGAUGGAGAACAUGCACCAAGACAUGAAUAAGCAGAUAAUGCUUUUUUCUGAGGAGAAGUCUAAUUUAGAUUCGCUCAACAAAGAUCUUGAAAGAAGGGCUCUUACUUCAGAAGCAGCACUGAAAAGGGCACGCUUGAAUUACUCUAUUGCAGUAAACCAGUUACAGAAGGAUCUUGAAUUGCUUUCUGUCCAGGUUCUGUCUAUGUAUGAAACUAAUGAAAACCUGAUCAAGCAAGCCUUUUCAGAUUCUUCACAACCAAUCUCUUAUGAAGAAGUGACAAAGAACAAAAAGUUGGAAUCAAAGGAAUUUCAAGCUGUAAAACUCUCGGUGCGUCACAAUGGAUUUGAGGGGGUUAAGAAACAAAAUUUGGAUGGUGAUAUUAUUUCAGAGGACUUGAAGAGAUCUCUACACUUGCAAAAGGGUGUUUACCAAAAAGUUGAAGAAGUCCUUGAAGUUCAUACGGUGAAUGUACAUUUAGAUAUUUUCUCCAAGACUUUACAGGCAACUUUACUCGAGGCAAGUGCUGAGUUUAGAUUGCUGAAAGAGAAAGUUAAUGAGCUUACACAGCAGCUGCAGCUUUUAACUGAAUCGAAGGAGUUGCUGAUGCUGAGGCUUCAAAGUUCUAUGGAUGAGGUUCACCAUUUGACUGAAGACAAGGAUACAUGUCAUGUGAAGUGCAAUGACAUGGCUCUGCAGAUCCAAGUUUUAGAAAACAAUUUUCAAAAUGUCACUGGAGAAAAUUUUCUUCUUUCCCAAAAGAUUAGCGAAUAUGAGAUGCUGAUUAAAGAAUUGAGAAGUUACGAAAAUCAAUUCCAGGCAUGCUCCAUGGAAAAAAUAGAGUUGGAAAAUUCCUUGAAAAAGGAAAUGCUAGCAAAUGGAAAUCUUCAAAAUAAAAUUUCCUCUUUGCUGGAAGAGAUGGAAGCUAUGAGAAGUGAAUCUGAAGAGCUAGCUUCAGUAAAGGAGAAUCUGCAGAGUACGGUAAACUUUUUGCAGGAAAAGCUGCAGAAUCUGCUGGCUUUUUAUGAUGAAAAAGGUAAUGGAUUGUCCAUGUGGAGUGAAUCUGUCAGUCGGGAUCUGGAAUCCAACGAUUUAGCCGGUAUCAUGGUGCGAUUAGAACAACUUCAGCGUACUGCAUGUGAGAAGAUUUUCCGACUCCUUGAAGAGAAGCAAGAUCUAGUGCAUGAGCGAGACGUGGCUCAUAUGUCCUUAAAUAAAUCUGAGUCAGAUAAGCUUGCUAUGAAACAUAAAUUUGAAGAUGAUGUACGGAACAUAAGGGACAAACUGGAUGUGUCUAGUAUCCUGGUGCAGAAACUUCAAGCAGAAGUUGAUGCUAUUGCCAACAGACUAAAGAUUAGCUCUGAAGCUGAAGAAACUUACGCACAGCAGCACAGUGAACUUCUGUCUGCUUUUCAUCGUUUGGAGGUCGAGCUGCAGCAACUUACUUCUAAAAACAAAGAUCUUGCUCAAGAAGUAAUGGCAUUAGGGUGUGUAAGUGAAGAGUUUGGAAGGUUCAAGCAGGACAUAGCAGCUCUUUCAGUUGAAAAGGAAGCUCUGGUGACGACCUUGAAGGAUAAAAAUGAGGAAUCUGCCAAACUGGAAGCAGAGCUCAGUAGUUUGAGAUCAAGUUUGCAAUCUUUGCAUGAUGAGUUGGAUCUUGAAAGAAGCAAUAAAAGUAAGUUAGAAAGUAAAGUAACAGAUCUAACUUCCCAACUAAAUGAGAGGCAUUCUGAGUUGCUAAAUUUUGAUCAGCAGGAUGCUGAGUUGGUCCAUCUCAGGCAAUUGGUAACAGAUUUAGAGCUAGAGAAAUCAAGUGUCAUCUGUACUUUGUCAGACUCAGAAAGAAGUCUAAAAGCUGCUCGCGAAGAGUGUUCUUCUAUUUCUUCACUGGAAGCACAAAUAUCUGAAAUGCAUGAGUUUUCAAUUGCGUCAGAUGUGAGACUUACUUUCACAAAAUCUCAAUAUGAAUCCUACAUUGAGGAGCUUCAGAAGAAAUAUCUUAACCUAGAAAGUAAGCUCAACGGAUGUCUUGCUACAGAAGCACAUUAUAUUGAAGAGAAUUCUAAAUUGAUGACAAGUCUUGACUUACUUAGGUCUGAGUUGGAUGCUUCCAUAGCUCAAAAUAGAUUACUUCUUGAUACAAACAGCGGCAUAAGGACUGAACUCGAUGAAUUCAGAAAAACUGCUGAAAGUAUGGAGGCUACUUCUCAUGUAAAUACAAGAAAGCAUGCUCUUGAGGUUGAAAGGUUGAAGGGUAUGGUGGUGAAAUAUGAGGAAGAGAUUGAUAACCUGAUGCUUGUCAAGGAAGAACUAGAAGUCAAACUUGUAGUACUCAAAUUCACAUCGGAUGCUUCCACUGCUGAAAACAGAAAACUUCUGGAUUCAAAUUAUGACAUAAUGACUGAAAUCAAUGAAUUCAAGAAAAGAGCUGAAAGUAUGGAGGCUACUUCUCAUUUAAAGAUAACAGAGUAUGCUCUCGAAGUUAAGCGGUUGGAAGAUAUGUUGGUAAAAAAUGAUGAAGAAAUUGAUAAGCUGAUGCUCGUCAAGGAAGAACUAGAAGUCAAACUUCUAGUACUCAAAUUCAAAUUGGAUGAACAGCAACCUCAGAUAGCCUUGCUGGAGGAAUAUAAGCAUGAACUCCUAGCGUUGCAGAACAAGUAUGAUGAGAUUACCCAUAGGCUCUCCGAACAGGUUUUGAAGACGGAAGAGUUCAAGAAUUUGUCAAUCCAUUUGAAGGAGCUUAGAGACAAGGCUGAUGCGGAGUGUCUUCAGGCUCGGGAAAAAAGAGAACCAGAAGGAGUGCCACCUGCUAUGCAAGAGUCGUUAAGAAUUGUAUUUAUCAAAGAACAGUAUGAAAGCAAGCUGCAAGAACUGAAACACCAGCUCUUAAUCUCCAAAAAGCAUGCUGAGGAAAUGCUGUUGAAAUUACAAGAUGCAAUUGAUGAAGUCGAGAAUCGGAAGAAAUCUGAAGCUUCUCACUCAAAAAGAAAUGAAGAGCUAGGAACGAGAAUUUUGGAAUUGGAGUUGGACUUGCAUUCUGCACUUUCUGAAAAACGUGAAUUGAUGAGGGCCUAUGACGUAAUGAAGGCUGAAAAAGAAUGCUCAUUGAUAAGCCUGGAAUGCUGCAAGGAAGAGCUUGAAGCCUCUUUGCAAAAAUGCAAUGAGGAGAAGUCUAAAUUUGCUGUAGAACUCACUGCAAUGAAAGAUUUGCUUGAGAGGUAUGCUUCCGCACUGAAUAACCGGAGAGACAUUGAUGGCUUGCACCAAGCGGAUUGCAUAUCUGAUGAUUCAGUCCACAGAAUGCGUCCUGAGAAUAUUCCAGUUUCAGGCAAUCCAACAUCUGAAAGAUUUAGUGCAUACAUGCUUCACGAGAGUGGUGCAAAGGAUGAACUUGAACCUGUCUUUCCCACUCCCACUGAUGAAGCUGAUCAAUCAAAUGCACUCAUCGAAGUGCAGCAAAAGCAGGACGUUCUCACAUCUGGGUCUAUAAAAAUAUGCAACGUACAGUUAAUUCAAGAAGGUGCGCAACAUAAAGACACUAAGCACGUGGCUUUUGUGAACGACCACUUUAAGGGCCAAACUUUGAAGUCUAGUAUUGAUCAGUUAAACAAGGAGUUGGAAAAAAUGAAACAUGAAAGUUUACUUCUUUCCCAAGAUGAUCACCAACUUGAACCGAUUUCUCCUGGUUUACGAAGAGAGUUGAUGCAGUUAAAUAAGGUAAAUGAAGAACUAGGAAGCAAAUUCCCCUUAUUUAAUGAAUUCCCUUGCAAUGGCAAUGCAUUAGAGAGGGUACUAGCUUUGGAAAUGGAGCUUGCUGAGGCCUUGCAAGAAAAGAAGUCAAGCAUUCAUUUUCAGAGUUCUUUCUUGAAACAGCAUAGCGAUGAGGAGGCAGUUUUUAAAAGCUUCAAAGACAUAAAUGAGCUAAUCAAAGACAUGCUGGAAAUCAAGGGACGAUAUGCAGCAGUGGAGACCGAGUUAAAGGAGAUGCAUGAGCGAUACUCUCAACUGAGCCUUCAAUUCGCAGAGGUCGAAGGAGAGAGGCAAAAACUCAUGAUGACCCUCAAGAACGUUCGGGCAUCCAAGAAAGUACCGCUUUUAAGUCGCUCCUCAACAGCCCCUCUUGGUGGCAGCCCAUUGUCAUAGCCAAAGCUUAAUACAAUCCCUCAAGUUCUUUCCUCGUUUGCAAAGUCUCCAGAAUAACCCGUAAUGGGUUGAGAAGUUUUAGUACUUCCACGCAGUGCUUUGCUGUGCAUUAUGUUAAUUAUGUAGAUCAAUGGUGGAUACUCACGAGGCAGCUAAGAUACUAAGAGGGUCAACUUCUAAAAGCUCAGGAAAGGUGUCAAAAGCUAAGCAAAGGGGGUUUGUGUAAAUAAAAAUAGCAGCUGCUUCGUGUUACUGCUUUACGAUGUCAUUAUCAUAAGUACAAUCCCUGUAAUGUAAUACCUUUUUAUUUUAUUUCUUCUUUCUUUUCGGGAAGAAGGAUGAGAGUUUUGAUCAUCUCGGUGGUGUAAAAUUGCUCUAAUUCUAAUGUAUAGUACAUCAUUUUUCUUAGUAGACAAUAAUUCUAUUAAAAUAUUUUCAAGAAGCAAAUGGAA